GAUCCACCUGAAUGGGAACCCUGCGCACCCCGCGGAUUCUACAUUCAAGCUACGCUGUCGCGUGGACUGCGUGGCAAGCAUCACCCCGCCUGUCGCGCAUUCGCCCGGAUGACUGGACAUUGCCCAGCAAACCCUUUCUCUUCGAAGCGAAGGGGUGCGAUCUCUUACGUCAUGGCGUUUCGCCCGGCCUUUGAUGGUCAGAUUUGUCAACUCCGACCGACCUAUCACGGCUUUUCUUGUAAACCAUUAACUUGUCGAACAUCGCUCGUCGUCCAAAGGUAAAUCGUGUCGAACGAUACUACUACCGGUGCUAUCCUUGCAGCCUGAGCGCAAGUUUCGUGCGCAAGUAUCGUACAAGUGUCAUGGAACCAGCAGUCCGGCAGAAAGGGCACCACAGGCGCAAUCCCUUGUGCGUGCUUGGCCUGCUGACGGUGGCCGCAAUGGGAGCUGCUGCGGCUGCCACGGGGGCGUUUUCAUGGGCAUCGCAAUCGGGUGACGAGAAACGGUGUGAGGAGGAUCGUUCUGAUGGCGGAGGGAAUGCGUUGAGGGUGGAAAGGGCGAGUGGAAUAUUGCAGCAGGCGUUGCUCAAUUUUGCGCCGCGAGUAGUUUUUUUUUACGGGCAGAUUGAUCUUUAUUCUGGUGCUGAAGCGAAGGCAGCUGACACAAUUGACGUAAUUGACGCACCUGUGUCAGUCGACGCCAUUGCAAUCACCAGUGGUGAAGCUUUUGUUUCUCUUUCAGAAUCUGCUGCUGGAGCAUACUGGUACCCGUAAAUCGUGAUAGAUAAUUUGACUGAAAAUCGUGUGGAGGAAUGGACUAGAUUUGGGAGGCGCAUGAGAAUGGAACGACGAACGAAAGAGUGCGUGAGCAGAACGAGGCUAAUUUAGAUAUGUUCUGAUUAGAAUGAAUUGAAACACGCCCACUAUUUCUUCUUAGCUGCAAUUUCGGAAGUGGAGUGGACUUGUCAUGUCACCGUAUUACUCAGCUAAAUUACUUGUGAGGUGUACUGCAAUUUAAUGCUUUGUAAUAUCGCUGCUUUUUGCUCAGCGACGUGGCAUGCGCUGUCGCGAAAUUAUGUAGAGGAGCGAAUGGCUGAUAGCCGCGGCUAUCGUCCGCCUCAGCAUAGGUCCAUUCCACCUCAUCGUCAUGCCCAUCGCGCAGGCGAAGUUUCUCUCAUCGCGAUGCCUCGCGAAAUUCUGGGCAAUGAGUUACCGUUUUUCGUGGACUGUCGGUAGGGCCGAAGAUGCCUAUCACGGCUCGAAGAGCCACACAGCCCGUCGUUGUGAAUAUUCUUCGCGUCUUGAUCGGUAGGAACACAUACAUGCAGCACCUUGCGGCGAAUUAGAAUAACUAGCGUCCAUCAUUUUCAGUCAGUGACGUCGAAAUUACUGUACGACGUACUAUUCAUGCGGUUUUAAUUUAGCUAGUAUAAUCCCGGUACCGGCCUAGGGCACAGGCAGAGAGACUGCAUAGGGCGAGCCAGCGGUGAGGAAACUACGAGAAGUCAACUGGGAAACUUAGGCUGCGCGGUUUAAGAAGGCGUCUCAAUGGAAACAGGACUUUACCAGUAGUUAAUUUGACGCAACAACACGGCUACCUUUCACAUACGGCUACCAGUAAUUCGCCGGUCGGAGAGAUUGGCUCUCUCGAAUGGACAGCGACGAGAAUUCCGGAGGCCUCUUCUUCGGCCACGUGGACGCUGACGAGGACUUUUCGGGGCCGCCCAUUCCCAUCGCCGCAACUGCCGCCGCGACAGGCGCCGCAAAUGGUGCCGCAACGGGCGGCCCCAGUUGGGGGGCAGCAGGCGUGGCGAAGAGGCAGGAGGUGCUGCUGCCGGAGCAGGCGACGCUGAUUCGCGAGUCGUACGCGCGGAUCGAGCAGGACCGGAAGCAGCACGCGCUUAUUAUGUACCUCACCAUCUUUGACAUCUGUCCCGAGGCGAAGCCACUCUUCUCCAUGGUGCGAGAUUCAAAGGAGCCCGCGCCAGUCAACCCACGGCUAGAGGCGCAUGCGAGCCUGGCUUUCACCAUGAUGUGCGAGGCUUUCAGCAAGUGGGACGACCCCGACCAGGUGGCCAAGGCAACGCCCUUCUUCAAGGCGCUGGGUGGUAGACACCUCAACUACGGCAUUGAUGGGGAGGACUUCCCGAUAUUCCGCACUGGCUUCAUGAAGGCACUGCAGAGGGCGUUCGGGGAGGAGUGGAUAUUCCGCACUGGCUUCAUGAAGGCACUGCAGAGGGCGUUCGGGGAGGAGUGGUUUGGGGACCUGGAGGGCGCGUGGUGUGCCGCGUUUGACAUCUUAGAGAGCAUGGCAUCGAGCGGCAUGGCUGAGAAGGGCGGGAAGAAGGUCAUUCCUCCCGCUGCAUUGGAGAUACUGGAGAAGCAGCAGCAGCAGUUGUAGCAGCAGCAGUUGUAGCAGCAGCAGUUGUAGCAGCAGCAAUUGUAGCAGCAGCAGUUGUAGUAGCAGCAAUUGUAGCAGCAGCAGUUGUAGCAGCAGCAGUUGUAGCAGCAGCAGUUGUAGCAGCAGCAGCUGUAGCAGCAGCAGUUGUAGCAGCAGCAGUUGUAGCCGUAAGAAAAUGGGACUUUGAUUGAAAAAAAUGAGAGAGGGCAUACAAGAUUAAGUACUAACCAUAGGAGAGGGUUGGAAGGGAUAAG